ACUGGAGUAGUAUUUAUUUGCAUGAGUAAAGUUAUUAUAGUGUUUAGUUAUGAAUCCAAGAGAAUGUCCGAUUAUUAAGUUUAAAGAUCAACUAGAAGAUGUGUAUGGUGAAGUGGCCAAAGAAUUUAAUUCUGAAAAGAAUAUAGUUGAAAUAUGCAAAGAAUUAGAGAAGUUAUCAAAUAGAAAUACUGCUACUAUUCUUUUAAAUCAGAUAUGUGAUUAUCUUACAAAUUACGUGGAAUGUGAACUUUUUUCUUCAAUGGACAAAAGUAGUUUAUGGAAAGACACAGCUUUUAGAAUAUAUACAAACAAUAAAAAUUUGAGAAAUUUCCAUAGCCAAGAUUAUAGUCACAUGUUAGUAUUAUCACACAUGCAAUAUAUUUCUAUUUUUGAUACAGAAGAAGAAAUUUCCUGUCCUUUUGAUCUAAUAAUUAAAUUAGAUUUGAGAAAGGUGAAAGGUCAGGAUGAUUAUUUAACACUAAUAAGAAGAGAAGUUGACAGUAAAGCUUCUUGGUUUUCAAAUGAACUGUUUGAAUGGAUGUUAGAAUAUUAUAAAUUACAAGAAAGAAAAAUUCAUUUCUUCUUUGAUCAUUUAGAUGAUAUUUCACCUGAAAAUGAAUAUUUUUCAAAUGUUAUUCAAGGUAAAAAAAAAUUCAAAUACUCUUUUGAUGCUUGGUCAAAAAAUCAAAUAAGGUUGAAUAGCGAAGAGGUUUUCGAAUUGAAAAAUGCUGAUUUAGAAAUAUUUUGUGCUAUUCCAUUUCCGAUUUUUUCUCCUUCAGAGAACAGUAUGAGUGAAACUGUAUAUAAUUUGGUACAAAAAAAUUGUUUGAUGGAGGAGAAAAGACAGCAAUUACAGACUUUAUUGUCCGAGGAUAAUGAAUUUUUUCCUAUCAUACACAUGUAUCAUGUAGAAGAAUAUUAUGAAUCAGAAUUAAGAGAGAAUAUUUCUCAUAUCUACAAAUUCUAUUUUGGAAAAUGGCUGAUGUAUUUUGAGUACUUUAAAAAGAGUAACCAUUCUAACUAUUACAGAUGUCAAUUUGGUAGUCAAUUUCCUGGCCUGAAGGAAUUAGAUACAGUAAUAUUUUUGAAACUAAAUUUUAAUAAAAUUGAGAAGAAUGAAACCUAUUUAAAAACUUUAGAGAAACAAAUUUUCAAUGAAUACACAGAAGAGAUGAUUUCUAAAUUUUUUACAUUUUGCAAAGAAAAUAACUAUACAAUAACUUUUCUGAUUACAAAAUAUGAUCCUAAUGGAACAGUUCCAAGUGCAUUCCGUGAAAUAUUGAAUGGAGAAACUGAAAAUUUUCCUCAUUCAAUUUUAAUCAAUAAUAAUUCCGAAGAAAUGGAUGGAUUUCGUCUGUUAGGCCCACAUACACUUCAUAAAUGGAAGCUGCCAAGAAAAAAGCAAACCAGUAAUAUUGAAUCUGCAUUACUAGGAGAAAAGAUAGAAUUUAAGUUUGUCCAAUUUUUUAUUAAAUGGUCUGUGAAAUUUCAAGAUAUUCUGAAGAAGGAGAAACUGCAAAGUGAAAGCAAAUAUUGGACAAAGUAUUCUCCAAAUUUUACUAAUCUACAUAUAGUUUAUGAUGAACAUCUGGGUAUAAGAUGCAAGUUAUUGGAAGAAAUUGGACCUGUUUAUACUGAAGAGGUUUUGGAACAAAUUUCCGAAAUUUUUCUAAAUCGUAAUCAAACCAUUGUGAAAGAUUCAAUUCAACAUGUUUGCAAUGAAAUUUUACAAAACAUUUCAAAUUUUCUUUUGAAUAAAAAGUUAAUUAGGAAACAUGAAAACAUAGAUUUUGACAAAGCUUACAAACCAUUAAAGAUUACAGAUACGCACAAUAAAGAAGUAUCUCUAUCUUUUGUAAAUUUGAAAAAAAGUUUCAAAAUGUUGAUAAAAGGAGAGGGAGGAAGUGGAAAAUCAUUUCUAUGUUUACAGAUAAUGAAAAAACCUGAACAUUUUCAAAUUGAGAAUAUAGAUUUGAUUAUCAGAAUUGACUUGAGUAAAGUUAAGGAAAAUGAAUCAUACUACACUUCUCUAUAUAAUCAAUGGAAAAAUGAUCUCUGGCAGUCUAUCUACUGUGUCCAAUGGUUCCUGCAGUAUUUUGGAAAGAAAGGCAAAAGGAUUUUAUUUCUUUUGGAUGAAUUUGAUAAAAUGAAUAAUGAACAGAAUGACUUCUAUAAAAUAAUUACUGGCCAACCUAUUCAUUUUCCACAUUCAGUUGUAAUAUUCUCAAGAAAUUUUUCAGCUGAAAAUGUAAAAUCAGACUAUGAAAGAGAAGUGAUUGGCUUUUCAUCAACAUACGAAUAUUUUCAACAGUUACGUGAAAAAAAUCAAUAUCUUAAUUCAAUGACAAGUACUACAAAUAUACUAAAAGUUUGUAGCAAUCCACUGGCAGCUUUUAUAACAACAUUUUUAUUGAAGAGGAGCCACAUGAAGAAAAAAAACUGUUCAAAAACAAUUGCAAAAGCUACAUUGGACUAUUUAGUUUUUAAGACACCUGAUUAUAUCCCACUUUAUGAGAGUGACUCUAAGACUUUGAUAAAUCGUGUUCCACAUUUCAAAUUCCCUAAAACACAGUUGGAUUCUUAUAAAUAUUUUCUAUCAAAUGAGAAUGUACUAAUAAUACCUUUCACUGGAAAAGACAGAAAUUUUAAAGAUAAUUUUCAAUUUAAAAUGGAGUGUGGAAAGGUCUAAAACAGAGAGAAAUUAUAUAGAAGAUUUGCAUUGGUUUAUUUCUAAACAUUGUCACAUUGACACAUUAUAAAUAAUAGCCAAAAUCUUAGUGGCCACUUUUAUGUGAAUCAGUGCAAAAUCUUCAAACACACUUUAUUACUUAAUUCAUUCUUUUUAUUUCAUUGCAGACCAUCUAUGACACCAGAGGAAAGAUUAUCAAAGUUAUAAUACUGAACAUAAAAACUUAUGAAACUAAGAAGAAUAGGCGACAAGAAAGCAAGAUUGAUGUUAAAAAUUUACAAAAAUUGUUUAGAGAACUGACAAAAUCAUCUCGUAAAAAACUUGUUUAACAUUGAAUCUAUAAAUAAAUUCAACAUAACAAUUCAUAAUCAAAUUGUUAAACAAGCUUUUGAGACGAAAUAUUCCACUGAACAUUGGGAUGACCUUGACAUUGAUACGUUUCAAGCACUUUUGAAAAAACUAAAAAAAAAAUUGAAAAAGUUUGGAGGAUUAAUAUUCUUUACAAUGGCACAUGGAGAUGAAAAUGGGUUUUAUUUAAAACCUAAUCAAAAGAAAAGGAGAGAAUCAAAUGAUUUUUUUGCCUAUGCUGAUUUAAUUAAUAAGUUUAGUUCUUCCAACUGUACAGAGCUGGACUUAAAACCGAAAAUAUUUUUUUUCAAUACUUGUCUAGGAGGUAAUGAGUAUGGUACCAGUUUCUAUUUAAAUACUGUUCAAAAACGUUUUUGCAGGUUAUGUUUUCCAUAAAAAAGAAACAAAAGAAUGUGAAGCUGUUUUCAAAGAGUUUGAACAUGAAAAUGAAUUGAGAACUAAUAGACAGUCUGGGAAAAUAUGCAAAAAAAGAUACAUUUCUGAACACGCAAUUCCUGGCGGAGAUACCUUACAAAUCUAUUCAACAAUUCAAGGAUAUGCAGGUCUAUCUGGUGAAAGGUCUGGAAGCAGAUUUAUCAGAGCCUUUAUAUGUGCAAUGGAAAAAAGAGCCCACACAUCAUCACUGUUUACAAUCAUUGAUCAUGUAUUCUAUAUAAUGAGUCAUUGUCACUAUGCGUCGCUAAGUCAGAUUCCCUCAUUCUCUGGGUCUGCUAAAGGAUUUUAUUUUAUGUGAAAUUUGAUUGAAAGAAGUAAAAAUGCCAUAUUUAGUCUAGCUAAUCAAGAAAAAAAGAAACAAUGUACAAUUUUCAGACAGGAGGUUGACAAACCAUCAUUCAAAAGUAAGAGUUGAUUGAAACUCAGCUUCAUCUGUGAUCUUAGAUUUUCCAUACUCAAACUAUGUAAAAUGCUACAAUUAUACUUUUAAAUUUGCUGAACAAUGGAUUAAUAUUAUAAUUUCAAUAAUGUAUGAUACUACCACAAGCCAGCAUGUUGAUUUUUAAACUAUUCAAGUUUAUUUAUCAGAUACGACUGAUGUUUUGAGUUUGUUAUAAAGAUUAAAUUCCUUUCCCUAUUUUCACAAAUGUCUCUCUGCAGAGUUCAUCAGGUAGAAAGUUAUUAAUAAUUUUUUUCCAACUAUUCAAUUUCAUUUAUGAAAUAUAUUGACUUAGUUGAAAAAUUGAAGAUAGUACUUUAAAUCGAAUAUUGUACUUCAAUAAUCCACAAGAAAGCAUAGUUAUAUUUAUCUCUAUUAAAUCUUGCAAAAAGCACUUGGUUCAAAUUAAUUAAAGAAAUAUAACUCUAUCUAAUCAAGAGAACAGUUUAUACAUUUAUGGCCAAACAAUUCAUUCAAAACUUCAAUAAUAGAAUUAUUACAUAUUCACACUCAACCCCUUGACAGAUAGAUCUAUUGGUUCUAUUCAGAAAAAAGUUUCAGCAAAUUUCCAAUUUGCGUAUUUUGAGGUUUAAUUAAAUUACACCUUUUUAAAUUAAGAUUCUUAAAAGUAUUUGAUGACAUUCGAAGUCCUUCACAAAUAUUUAUUAUUCCUUUACCCAUCUGUCUAUUCCACAAAAGAUACAUUGUUUCUAUUUUGCAACAAUGUUUUAACAAAUUUCCAACCUGUAUACUUUGAUCUUCAUUUAAAAUACAUCCAUUUAAAUGAAGACUCUUUAAAGUAUUUGAUGACAUUUGAAGUCCUUCACAAAUAUU